ACUCCACUUAACUAUUAACUUCUCUUCCGCGCUCCUCCUCAGUGUUAAUCCCUGGGCGAUCUUUAUGGGCCCCAUUAAUACCAUAUCUCAGGGUCAGACUGCUAGUACUAUAUCAAAGUGAUGACAGAGCCUCAGAAUAGCAAGCAGGUCGGCCGCCGGAGGCGACCGAGGGUUCCCGACGCUUUACGGAAGAGGGCCGCACAAGCAUGCAACCCAUGCAGAUAUCAUAAAGAGAAAUGUCAGGGCGGUAUGCCUUGCUUGCGAUGCCAACGGUACAAAAGAAACUGUCAAUACAGCCAGGCCCCUGCGCAACCAGCCAGUAAUGGCAACACAAGAGCUAGCACCUCCCCGCAACGGGACUCUGAUAAGGAACGAUGUCUCGAGAGGAUAGUGCGACAUUUCAUGGGCGACAUAUCAUUUGAGCCAUCAAACCUUCAGUUCGUGGCGGACGCUCUGGAGAGGGACCGAGUAAGCUCAAGAAAGCCUUCAACCCUAAUUCCAGGGUCCAGCGAGCUCUAUUCCAUUCAUCCCCUUUCCACGAGUACGAUGAUCUACUCUGGGGAAUUCUCUCACAGGAAUUUCUCACGGAUGAUCCGUCGAAAAUUACAAAGCCUGGGAAACGACCCCGAUGACAGCAUGACGGGUGACUCCCAUGACCCUUUCCGUGCAACUGGUCUUCAGUCUCCUAGCUCUAUUGUUGCUUCAGCAAGAAAGUAUUUCCCGCCGCGACAUAUUGCAGAUUUUUUGUUGGAAACAUUUCUUGAAUAUACCCAAACGAAUUAUUACUAUUUCGACGAAACGGAGUUCCGGCAGAAGUUAGACUACUACUAUACCGAAGAUCGAUACCUAGAUAUCAACGAUGCCGGCUGGAUCUGUACCCUUUUCAUGACGUUCGCAUCUGGGACUCAGUUCGCUUACAUGCAUGCUAGCCGACCCCCAUACUUGCAGAGUACGUCCGGCGAAGAUCACCUACCUGAUGAUACUAUUGGGCUGGCACUCUAUAGGUUCUCAUGCCGCCUGAUUCCCGAUCUUAUCACCACCGCCUCCGUCGAAACUGUCCAGGCGUUCUUGUUAUUCGGAGUUUAUACGAUGCCGAUUGAUACCUCCGGCCUUGCCUACACUUACCUUGGGCUUGCCAUAAAGAUGGCUAUCCAGAAUGGUAUGCAUCGUCAGUUUGGAGAGGAAGGUCUAGAUGCGCGCACCAUUGAGUUGCGGAACCGUCUUUGGUGGUCUGCAUACGCACUGGAUAGACGGAUCAGUAUCCUCCACGGACGCCCAGUCUCCGUGUCCCCAGCUGAGAUAGACUGCGACAUGCCUAAAGACAUACCCGAGCUGCGUCCCUCUGGCCGAACCACAAAUCUACCUAAUAUGACUGCCACUCUCCAGCUGACUGAGCAGCUUGCGAAGGUUGCACCCAUCGUAUCCCGGCUGAGAAAGUGCCCGGUGGAACUACAUCAAAUCUAUCUUAAGCAGCUCCUACACGUGCGUGAUGAACUCAGGAGCUGGUGGGCCACACUGCCCGAAGAUGUGCACUGCCGUGACCUUGAUCCUUCCAAGCCGCUUUUCCGCUAUAAUGUCCAUUUGGAAAUGACAUACGCUACGAUAAUCAUGUACAUAGGUCGCCCCUUGAUUCUUGCUGGCACAUCAAGCUCAUCGGCCUCUGCUGAGGACCGCUCUGGUUCAGCCGUAGAUGCUGGUGCAAAGCUGUGUUUUGACUGCGUUCAAGCCGCUCUCCGGAUCGUCGAGCUAUGCCAAUUGUUACAGGACACUGUCGGUGUAGCACGAGUUUCAUAUACUGAAUUUAGCUCCUGCCGUGCGGCGCUAUUGGCCAUUAUCGCCCAGAAUUUGAACACACGAACAGAACGGUUACGUGGGGCACUUACGCAAGGCAUGAGUUUGAUACGCCGGAUGUGUAUUGGCCUCCAGUCGGCUCGUUCAGAAAUAGCAGUUAUCGAGGCACUUGAGCGCGCAGCACGGCGUCUAGACAGCCGAGCCGAAAAUGAAGACACAGACCCUGGUGAAUCGGGCGUCGGAUACAACCAGUUUAGACGCUGGGCUAUGCUAUGGCAAUCCGAGACUCCUCCAUCCAAUGUGGGGGACGAAUCUGAACCUAUUGGGCUCGAAAAUUCGCAGUUGCCAGCCGGAUCUUUUGACGGGUUCUUUUCUUCUUUUCCUCAAGAGCUUGGAGCUUUUGCAUCUUUCCCAGAAACAGGGAUGCAGUUCGGUGAAAGCUUGCCGACCAUGCUUUGGCCUGAUGACUUAUCACUACCGGCGUUCCCUCCAAACCCAGAUGCUCCCGUAUGACGGCGACCUAUGAGGAUAGUACUAGGCGCUCGAGAGGGCCCAACUCUUUGCUCUGUGUGAAUUUUUCACGGCAAUCUCAGGUUAUGUAAGUCACAAG